AUGUUAAAAGUCUUGAAUACUUAUGACCAUGAUUUAUCACUUCGGUGGGCUUUAUGUGGUCGAUUGAAUUCUCCAUAUCUUUAUUUAAGAAAAUUUAUAAUUGCUUUAGAAUUUUCUGGUUCAGGUUAUGUUUGGAUUCCUUAUUCAUUCAUUAUGAUUGGAAUUAAUUACACAUCAGUAAAUGAAGCUAUGCGUUACAUUUUACUAUUUACUGGACUUAUGUUUGAUGUUGCUGUUAUUGGUACAGCAAAAUGGUUUGUACGUCGCCCAAGACCAAUAAUUAAUCAUGAUGAUGUUCUUUCAAUAGGACCAGAUAAAUAUUCUUUUCCAAGUGGUCAUACAUCUCGAGCUGUAUUUCUACUUUUUUAUUUUAUAAAUACUUCUUUUUUUCAAAAUAUCCGAGGUUCAGUUAUUAUAAGUUGGUUAAGUACUGUAGUUGCAUCACGUAUUUUAUUAGGACGUCAUUACAUAUCAGAUGUUUUAGCUGGAGUUUUGUUUGGAAUUUUUGAAUGUGCAGCUGUUGUACUUCAAGCAAAUUGUCAAAAUGAUACAUCAGAAUCAAAAUUUAUAUAUCGACGUGUUUGUUAUUUUGCCAAUUGGGCAGCUAAACGAACUGAUAAUAUUAGUCGUUUAACUCCCGAAGAUAUUGAUCCAUUUUUAUGUACACAUAUUAAUUUUGCUUUUGGUAAAGUACUCGAAAGUUUAACAUUAGCACCAUAUGAAGAAGAUGAUUUGAAAGGAUGGACUCUAAAUUCAAAAGGCAUGUAUGAACGUGUAUUAAAACUGAAAGAAACCAAUCCCGAUCUACGUGUUUUAUUGAGUGUUGGAGGGUGGACACAUGCAUCACGUGGAUUUAAUGAUGUAUCAAAAAAUGAUGCUAAUAUGUAUGAUUAA